ACGUCGGAAAUGUCUGAAAUUACUGCCGAGGAAAAGCCGAAAGGCAAUCUGGACAAACCUAAGGUGAAUCGGCGCAAGGAGAAGAAGGACAAAGCCAGUCGCGUUAUCAAGAUCGUGAUGCGGCACUUGCCGCCCACAAUGACAGAGACUGAAUUCCUGGACCAAGUGGGUCCGCUGCCCGAGAAUGACGCCUACUACUACUGCCCAGCGGACUGGUCUCUGGGACAUGAGGCUACAUGCCGCGCCUACAUCGACAUGUCGAUGAAGGACCCGGAGGAGGUGCUGCAGUUCCGUGACCGCUUUGACGGUUACGUCUUCGUCGACACCCGAGGAGUUGAGUACGUGGCUAUUGUGGAGUACGCGCCGUUCCAGAGCUUCCUCAAGAACAGGGCCCGAAACGAUGAGGGCAAGGUUAACACCAUCGAGAGCGAGUCCCAUUACCAGGAGUUCAUGCAGCGGCUGGCCGACGAGCGGGAGGAGGCAAGUCGGUUGGGGGACGUCAAGAUUGACUUCAACUUCGAACGUAGAGCUGAUGAGAAGGUCAAAUCCACGCCCCUCCUGCAGUACUUGGCCAACAAGAAGGAAAAGCGCCGGGAAGAGGCUCGCAAGCGAAACGAGGAGAAGCGCAAGCAGCGCGAGGAGCAAAAGCAACUACGUCUGGUGGAGCAGGCGGAAGGAAGUAAAACUAAGGAGGGCGGGGGCGGUGACAACAAGAAGCCACCCGCCAAGAAGGACGGUAAAGAUGGCAAGGAUGUCUCUGCCGCAGCAGCACAAGGCAGCGAUGCGGCCAAGUCGUCGCGCUCCAAACGACGCACAGAGCGAGAUCAGCGGCGCCGAGAGGAGCACGAACAGCGCAAGCUGGCCAAGCAGAAUAAAAAGAAGGUGGAAGGUAAGCCGGACAAAGAAAAACCUUUCGGCAGCAAGGACAAGAGUGCCAAGCAGCAGUCCAAGGACAAAGAGAUUGUCAUUUUAAAAAAGGAAAACAAGUCUGAAGCAAAGGAUGGCCCCGAUUCAGGACCCACUACUUCAAAGGCUGAAAAUACAAAGCCAGAAUCCAAGAAGAGCACCGACGUUCCAGAUACUGUCAAGAAAUUUAUACAAGCCGCUUGCGGUGGAGCGCCACCAGAAGGAGACAGCUCCCAGGAAACAAAUGCCGAGGAUGCCAUUAAGGCGGCGCAGCUCCGAGCAUCCGAGGAAAGGCGUAUUCGCAACAAGGACCGUCCUUCGCUAGCCAUUUACCAGCCAAAGGCGCGCAUCCCGCGCAUUGGAUCUGAAGAGCUGCCCCAAAACGCUGGGAAAGAUGGUUCGGACGGCGAGGCUUCUGUGGUGGAGGAGAAAUCUUCCAAGAAAAACAAGCGUUCUGGCCGGCGCAACAACAAAUCAAAGCCCCAGGAGGAGAACAAGGAGGGCCAGCUCGAAGCUCGUCGCAUCUCAAAGUCCUCCGAAAGCAGCAACAGUGCCAACUCGGCCGGUACGAAAACAUGAUUUUAUUGUUAAAUAAACGAUCGAUCAGUAGAACUCA